AAGAUCAAAGAUGGCGCUGCUCUGAAUAAGGUCAAAUUAGGAAACCUGCGCCGUGACGCCACAGCAGAAAGCCGCGCUUUCCUUUCGCCACUCCCACAUAAACGUCACGGCGGAUUGGCCAAACCCGGAAGUGAAGAUGGCGACCGCCUACGAGAGGUUCAACCUGCAUGCAACAUCUGAGAAGUUUUACAUUGAGGCCUGUGAUGAUGGAGCUAAUGACGUUCUGGUUAUUGAUAGGGUGUCCACCGAGAUUACCCUUGCAGGUAUUAAAGACAUCCCCCCGUCUGGCGUUACCAGGCCCAUUUGUGGAAUCAUGGGAACUAUUCGACUGGUGGCUGGGAUGUACCUCAUAGUCAUUACAAGGAAGAGGAAGGUGGGUGACCUGUUUGGCCACACUGUGUGGAAAGCGGUGGAGUUUGAUGUAAUUUCUUAUAAGAAGACCAUUUUACACCUCACAGACUUUCAGAUGCAGGACAACAAAUCCUUUCUGGCCAUGAUCAACAGUGUCCUCAACACAGACGGCUUCUACUUCUGCACAGACUAUGACCUCACGCACACCCAGCAGCGCCUGGCCAACACCAGCCCCGACUUCCAGGAGAUGAGCCUGCUGGAGCGGGCAGACCAGAGGUUCAUGUGGAAUGGAAACCUUUUAAGAGAAGUCAUUGCACAGCCAGAGCUCCACAAGUUUGCUUUUCCUGUCAUCCAUGGAUUUAUUGUGAUGAAGCCGUGCUGCAUUAAUGGGAAGGUGUUUGAAUGGAUCCUCAUCUCUAGACGGAGCUGCUUUAGAGCCGGGGUGCGAUAUUACGUCAGAGGCAUUGACUCGGAAGGGCAUGCUGCUAACUUCGUUGAGACAGAACAGAUAGUUCUGUUCAAUAAUGGCAGGGCCUCCUUUGUUCAGACGCGAGGCUCCAUGCCCUUUUUCUGGUCUCAAAGACCCAACCUGAGGUACAAGCCCAAACCACAGAUAAGCUCUAAAACCAAUCACAUGGAUGGUUUCAAGAGGCAUUUUGAGUCGCAGGUUCUCAUUUAUGGAAAGCAAGUGAUUCUGAACUUGGUCAAUCAGAAAGGAUCUGAACUGCCCCUUGAACAGGCCUUUUCCAAAAUGGUCAACGGCAUGGAAAACAGACCGAUCAAGUACGUAGCCUUUGACUUCCACAAAGAAUGCAGUAAGAUGAGAUGGCAUCGCCUACAGAUUUUGGUUGACGCAGUUUCUGAAAUGCAAGAUGAGUUUGGGUACUUCAUGCUGAGCUCAGACGGGAAGGUGUUGUCUGAGCAGUCCGGAACAUUCCGCAGUAACUGUAUGGACUGCCUGGACCGCACCAAUGUCAUUCAGAGCCUGCUGGCCAGACGCUCACUACAGAACCAGCUACAGAGGAUGGGUGUCCUCCAUGUGGGCCAGAGGAUCGAGGAACAAGCUGACUUUGAGAAGAUUUAUAAGAAUGCAUGGGCAGACAACGCCAAUGCCUGUGCUAAACAGUAUGCUGGAACUGGUGCUCUGAAAACCGACUUCACCAGAACCGGGCAGAGAACGCACUGGGGCUUGAUAAUGGACGGCUGGAACUCAAUGAUCCGUUACUACAAGAACAAUUUCUCAGACGGGUUCAGACAAGACUCCAUUGAUCUCUUCCUUGGAAAUUACACAGUGGAUGAAACUGAUGGGCUCACAUCUCUUCAUGUGCAAAAGGACUGGAAGUUCCUAUUGCUUCCUGUUGUCAUGGUGGUGGCUUUCUCCAUGUGCAUCAUCUGUCUUCUAAUGGCUGGUGACACUUGGACGGAGACGCUGGCGUAUGUAGUAUUCUGGGGCAUAGCCAGUGCUGUCACAGCUGCUAUCAUUGUGGUCAAUGGACGAGAGUUUGUGGACGCACCCAAACUGGUCCAGAAAGAGAAGAUGGAUUGAAUAAGGAGAUCUUUUCUCUUCUGCUCUCUUCCUCUGUCCUCUUCCUCAACUUCAUUUUCCUCCCAGAUACAUCAGGCUUGAGUUUAUACUGAUACAUUUGCCACACUGUCCUUUAAAUAAUGUAAAUCAAGUGUCCAUAUGUCCUGUUCCUGUAGAUGGAGCCUUUAAGACAACCUGCAUUAUCAUGUUAAUGUACAUUAAGUUACUGUCUAUACUAAACCUUUAUUUGAAAACAUGGUAUGUUGUUCCCAAACUUCAUGAAAAUUUCUCAUACUUCACAUUUUCAAUUGCUCAUGGGUUGUGGUCAAAUAUCCAAGUAGUAUUUCACCCCAAAAUAAAAAGAAGAUAUUCAUUCAAAUUUGGCCUAUUUUUAGGACACUCUCAUGACAUGUAAUUUUCAUGUAAAUUCAGAACAUUUUCUUUCCCAAAUUGUUAUUAUAAUUUGAAAAAGGUCUAAUUUAAAUUAAUGUAAUUGUACUUUAUAAUGUAUCAUUAUUUUCACAUUACAGUAAAGAGAAUGAGAUUUUUGCACAUUACAGAAAAUAAUUUCACAAUGCAAAAAAAUCUUAAUGGUCUUUUUCAAUGGGUAGGUUUAAUUUUCUUCAUCCAAAAUAUUAUUUCUAUUUUUUUCUUUUGGGGUUAAAUAAAUAGGACAUUUCAUUACAGUUUUUGUCAAAUUCACUUAUGUGCAUUGUGGAAGAUGCACCACGUUUCAAAAGCUGCUAUAAUGUUAGUUCUUGGUGAUUCAUCUAAAUUGACCUGGUGUGAAAUCAGAUUUAUUGAGAAAUAUUUACUCCAUGAUUUGAGACCGCUAGAUGUGUGUUCAUUGAAAAUCCAUUCUGAUUAGAUUGUUUUACAAGUGAAUGUUACAUGAUGUAGUCCUUGAUUAUAAUUUCUAUCCUUGCAAAUGUCCUGAAAUCAGUUUGGUUAUAUUUAUAAUUAUUAUUUGCGGUGUCGUUUUGUACUUUCCUGUAUGGUUUUGUAUCUCUCAUAAAUUAUCAAAUUGGAUAACUGAGAGGACCCACUAAGGGGAGGAAAAGUUUUAAGCACUGUUUCUUUAAUAAGUUUAUGGACAAUUGUGUGAGAAGCACUUUCCUCUUCAUUUUUCUUGAUGGACCAAUGAACACUAAAAGAAAAGCAUAAACUCACUCUUUAAUGGCUCUUUGACUGCAGUUGUCUUCAAAGUUACCAGUGGCAGAUCAUUAUUGCAGAUGGGAAUAAUGAUAUCAGAAUAACUGUCAAUUUGACUUGCACUUUUAUUGAAUUCACUUAACCCGUAUGCUGAUAAAUCAGGACAUUUUAGCAUUUGAUUGAAUUGUAAGUGAAAUCAUAAUCAAUAUAUGUCCUCAAUCAGAAACAUUUUCAAGUCCUUUUCACCCUUUGUCCCCCUUUCAACUGAUCUAUAUGUUGAUUUCAUGGUGAUAUAUUUUAAAAUGGCUUAUCCGUUACCCAAUAAUUUACUUGUACCUUGACAUAAACUUUAGUGACACUAUUUCUUUGGAAGGUGUUUUGGGAAUUUGGUUGGCUUGGGGAGUGGACAUGUAAAUUCCUUUGUGGUCUUCCUUUUGAGUUUAUCACUAUCUUCAAAACUGGACUUGAAAGGAAAUGGGCAUUGGGUUUGGUUCAGUGUAGACUAAGAAUGUAGAUUUUGAUGCCUUCAUGUGUGCGUUUAUCGUCUACAAACGAUAAUAAUGCAAGCCGUAGUAACACUGCAACCAAUACUGAAUAUUGCAAACGCAUUAGAAACAAUGUCUUCAAAUUCCAUAGGGGCCACAUUUAUACUUUUGUGUGUGCAAAGAUAUAUACAAAAAUAUACAGUUCAACAUGGAUUGAAAGUGAUUAGAUAGAAACAUGGAUGUUAUUGAUUAAAAAUUAAAUCAUGAUUGUUUGAUGGCUGCUUGAAUAAAUCUGUAAAAAAUAAAAGUGUCUCAUGUACUGUAUAGUUUAGUUUACAAUAACACACUGCUAGCACUUGUUGGUUUAGUUGUUUGAUCAAUCAAAGUGAUGUCAUAAUGAUCACAUUCUUCUGACUCUUUCAGAUUUCUGAAGUGCAUCAUUGUAUUUUCAGUGUGCACAGCUGUUUGAAGUGCUGUGGCACUUUAUCAAUAUUAAUUGUAUUUUGGAAUUGAUCCUGACAGUGUAUUAAUCACAUUUAUGAUUUACAGUGUGUAAACUGUCCUUUGGUCAUUUGUAAAUUCCCUGUGAGAAUUCAGAACUAACUAAGAGUUUUAGGCAUUUCAUCAGCUGUCUUUAGUAAUCAGUUCUCUAUCAUUAAUGAUUCUUGAGAAAAACUUCAAUGUGUUUAGAGAUCAUUGCUAAUAAUCCAGGUAUUGUUUGGGUUUGUGUCAUUGAAUGCCUUUAGAAAGAAUGUUCAAUCAUAGUAACUGAUGGUUGUUUCGGAAUAAAUUGGACCAA